AUGCGUUUCAAUAUCAUCUUUCCAAGUCCCCCUCGCGGUGACGUCACGCUCCCUUGGCCCCGCCCAUUAGCGACGACGCGUCGGGGUCAUGUCGCCAUCUUGGCCAAUCAGCGAGAGCGAUUCCCCGGAAGUGAAACCGCGUCCUGGAGCCCGGCGGCGCCGCGCGUUGCCACGGCAACGGCCUGCAGGAUGGCGUCCGAGGAGCGGGAGUGGGGCAGGCGGGCGGCCCGGCUGCGGGCCGAGCUGGAGCGGGAGCGGCGGCUGGAUGAGGAGCUACGGGCGGCAGAAGAGAGCAGAAAGCAGAGAGCGCUGCAGCUGGAGCGAGAGCAAAAGCUGGCGGCUGAGCUGGCGAGGCGGGACCUCGAGAAAACGAGAGAUGAGAAGAUCAGGCAACAAGUCAGAGCAAACAGUCUUGAACUUCGAGAGUUAGAAAGCAAGCUGAAAUCUGCUUAUAUGAAUAAAGAACGAGCUGCACAGAUUGCUGAAAAAAAAGCUAUACACAAUGAGAACAUGAAAUGGGAGGAUGAAGUAGCCCAAGCAAUAAAGGAAGAUUAUGACAGGUAUCUGAAAGAAGAAAUGUCUGCAGAACUGAAGCGAAACCAGGAGAAGAAAACUUACCAUCAAGAACUGGACAAACAGGUUGAGGAACAGGAGAAGAAGAAGCAAGAGGCUUAUGAAGAGUUUCUAAGAGAGAAACACAUGAUUGAUGAAAUUGUAAAAAAGAUCUAUGAAGAAGAACAAAUAAAAAAACAACGGAAGUUAGAUAAAAUAAGAGAAACUCAGACAUAUAUUGAAGAGUUUAUAAAAGAACAAGCUAUCUGGAGGAAGAGGAAACAGGAAGAGAUGGAAGAAGAAAAUAGGAAAAUUAUGGAGUUUGCCAACAUGCAACGACAAAGAGAAGACGGUUGGAUGGCUAAAGUUCGAGACAGUGAAGAGAAAAAACAGAGAGUUCAAAACAUGCUUGCCAAGACCAUGGAAAGAGAAGAACAGAGGCGUAAAGAACGGGAACAAAUCCUCCAAGAUCUGUAUAUGGAAGAACAAGAAGCGAUGGAAAGGAAGAAGGAGAUGGCAGAAAUUGAAAAGAGAAUAAGGCAGCGCCUAGACUUAAGGCAAGCCUACGAAAAGCAGGUUGCUCUAAAGGCAGCAGAAGAAGAAGCUAGGAGAGAAGAGGACAGAGCUCUGCAGCAGCAGAUUUCGGCCCAGCAGGCCGAGGAAGAUCGCAUUAAGCAGCUGAACGCUCAGAAACGGAGAAUGAAACAGCUCGAACACAAAAUGGCCGUGGAAAAAAUCCUCGAGGACCGGCGCAAACAGGGCAUUGCAGAGAAGGAGCGUGAACUUGAAGAAAGAGAGUUAGAGAAGAAAAGGCAAGAAAGGAUCCGUGCAAUUAUUGAAGAGGAGAGACAGAAACUCUUGAAGGAGCAUGCAUGGAAAUUGCUGGGUUAUCUUCCUCGAGGAAUACUCAAAGAUGAAAAUGAUAUUAACAUGCUUGGAGAAGAUUUCAGGUUGGCUUACCAGCAGAGAAGAGGUAAUGAACUUUCAGAAGAGAGCUGAACCUUCCCCCAGCUCAGCUCCUGCUUUGCCACUAGGUGUCAUCGGAUUCCCAGUGAAAACUUCAUUUGCUUUUAACGUGAGGAAUUCCUUUUUAAUAGCAUUAACAGCCUUCAUUUUAAAACCGAAGUUCUAAACGGAUGAGCAGUUAGUUUUUUAGAAGUGCAUUUGCAUUUUUUAGAGGUCCAUUUGCAUUUUAUAGAAGUCCACUUACAUUUUUCAUCAAUAAACUGUUCUGGAGUUCUCAA